AUGCACGUUCUAAAUCUGGGUGAACCGUGGAUCUUAGCUUCGAGUUCGGAAAAGAUAAGAGGGCUGAACAUUGACGACCUCCAUUUUCGCGAUACCACACAGUUUUUCAACCUCUCCUUGUCGAACCUGGUGGAAACGCUACUUACCAGCGGUGGCGAAAGCGCCUUCCUUUGUACGCGCCAAAUGUUUGAUGACCGUUUCCGCUGUCUCCUAAAGAAAGGCGUUUAUCCGUACACCUUCGUCGACAGUUUUGAAGCGUACGAUUUGCCCGCGCUACCGCCAAAGGAAGCUUUCAAAAAUGACCUGAACAAUGAAGAUAUCUCGGACGAGGACUAUCAGUACGCCCGUGAUAUUUUUGAAUAUUUUGAAUGUAGCAACCCUGGCGAUCACACGCGUCUCUACGUCACGCUCGACACCUGUCAGCUCUGCGACGUCGUGCUGUAUUUCAGGAAGAUUACGCUAGAGACGAAUGCGAUAGAUAUCUUACGCACCGUAUCCCUCGCCAGUUACGCGUGGAGCAGCGCACUGAAGCUCACCAAAGUCAAACUCGAGCUGAUGAGCGAUCGUGAGAUGUACGAAACGAUCGAGAAGGGAAUCAGGGGAGGCAUUUGUAACAGCUUCCACAGAUAUUGUCGGCCUAAUCACGAGGGAUGCGACGAUUACGACCCUCAACAAGAGAAAAAAUUGAUUCAGUACUUAGAUGUAAACAGUUUGUACGCUUAUGCCAUGACUUUCCAUCUUCCGACAGGUGGUUUUAAGUGGGUCGAUCCUUCCAGCUUGGGCGAUAUCGAUUUUCUCAAAAUUCCUCACGAUUCAGAAGUGGGCUACGUGUACGUGGUAGACCUGUCCAAUCCCGAAGAACUGCACGCGCUCAUGAGGAAUUUCCCUCUGGCACCCGAACACAGAACCGUGGACGAGGGUGAACUAUCCCCCUACCAAAGGAACUUGAAGGAGGCAUUGGCACUGAACGCGCCACCCAGGAGGAAAUUGUUACUGAUAUGUUACGACAAAGAAAGUUAUGUCGUGCACUAUUAUCUGCACGCUCUCUACGUGAGGUUGGGCAUGAAAAUAAAACACAUUCACGCCAUCCUCUCAUUCCGCCAAGACAAUUUUUUGUCCGUCUUCGUGCAUAGAAACCUCGCAUUGAGGAAUGUCUCAACCACAAAAUUCGAGCGUUUACUGUAUAAGACCAUAACAAAUAGCACGUUCGGGAAAACGAUUCAAAAUGUGAGACGCAUGAAGAGGUACACCAUAGCCUACGACAAAGAAAGUGCGCUCAAAAAAGCUAGUGCCGUCGACUUCCAGCAUUUCCACAUCCUGAGUGACAAGUGCAUCUUGUACGAGAUGAAACAGCGUCGUAUCAAAUGCACGCACCCAAUUUACGUGGGCUUUGCCAUUUUAGAGAUAUCCAAAGUCCGAAUGUACAGCUCCAUUUACGAGUCACUCUUUUCUCACUUAUCCUGUUCAGUGCAGUUGAUCUAUGGAGAUACGGACAGUAUAAUUUUUGCUCUCACGUGCGAGAGCCUCGUAGAGCAGCUGAUGGAAAUUCAGCACGAGCUAGAUCUCUCCUCCUAUCCACCUGACCAUCCACUUUUCAACGCCGAGCACGCGAACCAGAUUGGGUACUUCAAAGACGAAACGGGAGGAGGAGACACUUGUUACACGAAGUGUACCGAGAUUCUCUAUUCAAUGAAAGGACAGUCUGUCAGAAGCAGUGCACCAUCCAGAGCAUAA